CACUGCAAAAACCAGGGUGUUAAAUAUUCAACACCAGCAUGGAAUAGAAAAAUAUCAACACCCUUGGUGUUCAUUUCAUGUCCGAUUGGCGAAAAAUAACACCAACGGUGUGAAAAUAUUCAAUUACAGGCUGAUGGUGUCAUAUUUGGUGUUAUAAAAUCGCACAUGCGCAUAAGCUAGAGAAUUCGACGAAAAUCAUUGGACGAAAGUUGUCAUAUGAUCCGAUAUGCGCCUCUGCAGCUGCGCGCGCACAGCUAGACGAGAGCAUGUGGCUAGAGAAUUUCACUGGCACUGACUUGAAGUCUUGAUUCUGGAGUAGUAAUUCUUCAAAUUAGGCCUAGAUUCUAGAUGUGAAGUGAUCGAAGUGCAUGCAACCAUGCCAUUAAGCGUCAGGGUCUGUUCAGCGGAUCGAAGUAUUAGAAAAUACCUGCCUAUAGAUCCAGAAGACACAGUAGGAUUCUUUGAACUCAUCAGAAGAAAAUUCCACAUAAGGGAUGGGGAAGAUCUCGUACUUGUGGAUGAACAAGAAGGGUUUGGUAUAGACGAUGACGUACUAGGAGAUGUGGUGACCAGCAAUCCCACAGUCAGCCUCAUGGUGCUAAAAGAAGAUGAAGAAUGGUCUGGUUCAGAUGUACAUAGCAUCACAAGUGCAGACACUAUCAAGGUGGAUACCAGCUCCUCUUCCCUGAGUAGCUCAGAAUCUGAUUCAAGUUUUUGCUCCAGUAGAAAGAGGCCACGAUUAAAUGCCCUCAGUGAAUCAGGUGCAAUCACUGACAACUCUUGUGAGUUUGUACAAGAAAUUUUGCGGCACAGAGGUGAUGCCAUUCUCCGAGAGUAUGAAUUGACUGGAGCACUUCAAGAUAAAACUAGACGGCAGAUGAUUAACCUUUUGGUAGCCCACAUGCAAGAACACUAUGGCAAACAUCCAAAAGCAGCUAUGAAAACCAAAUAUGCCAUGGGGAUAGUGAAUCUGUUUCCAAGACUCAAGGAUCCGUUUACUAGCACAGGUCAUGAAGCUUAUUUUGAUGCAAGAAGUAACACGGGAUUCCUGGCUGCUAGAAUAAAAAAUGUUAACCGCACAACAGAGGAGAAGACAUCCAACCCAUUACCCAAGCCAUCAAGCAGAGAUGGUGGUCCUGGGAAGGUCCGAGAAGGUGACCAAGAAUCUGCUCCAGGCUGCACCUAUGAUGAAGACCUCAACUGGUUACGACACUGUCCAACAUUAGAACGUGAUUCUACCCUGGUUGUUGAAAAGAUGAAAUCCACUUUUCCUGUUAGACAGCAUAUGGUCAGGGACGGACGCUCCGCAUCGGAUAUUUUGGAACAGUUUCCUUUUGAAACUGUUCCAGGUUUGAUUGAGGUAGAUUUUCGGAAACUUUUUCCUGAAAAUCACUCGCGUUUCCUGACCAAAUGGCCCGAGUUGAAGCCCAAGGUUGUUACACUUGCAAGACAACUUCUGAAGCAGAAAGGAAACUUGACAGUGAUGGAGCUUCUGUCAUCUUAUGACAGUUCUGAUCAAAAUAAAGAAGGAUGGAAUUCCAGCACAUCUGCUAUCCUCCUCCUCUUGUGCCUAUUGCCUCCUGCAAGCCAAGGGAAGUCCAAAGCUGCGUCAGCAAAAGUGUCCAUUUCUUCAGCUCUCUCGAGGGUUAUUCAAUUUCAGAAGACAGGAGGGAGUAUUCAAGCAUUCCUCGACAACACAAAAGAGACCAAGAGUCAACCGUUCCUUCUGGCAAUUGGCAAUUCCAAGGCCCGAAUCACCAACUACAUGAUCAUUGUGGAUCACAAGGCCAUUCCAUGUUCGGCACGCACGGUCGAAGCAGCAGUAGAUUUACUCUUCAAGACCCACUUUGUCUUUGGCCUGCAGUACUGCUUGUCUCUGCGGCAGUUCUGGACUUUUGUCCAGACUGCCAUUUUUGAAAUCGAUAUCGGAGUGUCCCGGGAAACACCAAGAGUACGUGAAAUUAGAUCGAAAUUGUUAGCACCAUGAUUUGCUUCAAAUGCCACAAACAGUUUGCAAUACCCAAAUUGGUUCAACAUUUGAGAUUGAAACAUGGAGUUAUUGAAGAUGGUAAAGAAGUAUUGACCUGUGGGCAGGGAGCUUGUGCGAGAACAUUUCAUACUUUUCGAGGAUUUCGGGGACAUUUGCAGACUCACCUUAAAACCGAUUUUCCAGAUAAUAAAGAGCAGUCUAAUGAAAAUGAUAAAGUGAGUGACUUUCCUGAAGAAAGUCUUGAAAGUCUUCAAGAAUACAAUAUUAAUAAUGAUGAGAUUGUUGAAGAUCAGGAUGUAUAUGAAGAUGACAUUUUAUCUGUAGAUACCUUGAACAGGCAGUGUGUAAAUGUAAUUUCAAAAUUUUCAGCAAAUAGUGCAAACUCUGGAAAAGUUGUAAAUGAUGUAGUAGAAACAACCAGUGCGAUUGUAGGUGAUGUAGUAAAAAGUGCAUCGGCAGC